AAUGGAUAAUUGGUAUUACACAGAAUCAGGAUACAAGCAAACAUUAUCCUAACAUUUAUUUAAAACGUUCUUCUGAGCUGAUUCAUGCACUAACUGUUGAUGCUUCUGCUGCUACAUCAAGUAAUGGUAAUGUAUAUAACUUUACAAGUGAUACUGAAGUAGAGUAUGGAGAUAUAUUAGUAAUCAAUGUAACCACUAAUAGUAAUCCAAUGUAUUAUCAACAAUACAAUGGACCAUUGAAUUAUAAGCUUGAUGAUAGCAGUAAUGGAUUAAUACCAUUGGAACAUAAUGACUAUCCACUGGUAUCAGUUGUAGUAGGGCCAAGUCCAUCAAUACCAGGAACUCCCUCUACUACUACUAUCAUUACUACCGAUAUUAUCCGUACACAAAUAACAAACUCUUACACUCCAGGUGCUACUACAAUAACAACAACUACUACUCAUAUGAACAUAGCACCCACUACCUUGUUGCAGUCUACAUCAUCAUCAUCAUCAUCCUUGAUGACCAGGUCCUCCACACAAACUCAAUCAAUAAACAAUACACUUCACAUCACAAACACACCUUCUCAAUCAUCAAAUACUCUCCCUCCAACUCUUCCUGCCACUAGUGCUACUCCAUCAAUCAGUGAUGGUACAGUCAGUCCUACUCCUCCUCCUAUAGUAUCAACCAUCAGUAGUACAUCAGUUACUGAUAGUUCAACCAGUAAUCCAUCAGUUACACUAUCCACUGAAGGUCAAAGCAGUACAGGGAGUAAUACACUAGCAGCAGUACUUAGUACAGUAUUUAUAUUCCUGGUAGUUACUAUACUAGUAAUAUUAAUAGUGAGUGUAUUAGUGUAUAAAAGACGACACCAAAAGCUAUCAUCAAGAGGUAAUUAUCAAAUGAAUACACGUUCAACUGAGAAAAAGACAGAACUGAAUAACAUGUCUAAUCCUACCUACCAAGCACAAGAUAUGGGCCCAGUUCUAUAUGAAGAGGCAAAGCCAGUAAUGAAUGGAAUAGAAUCAGUGUACAGUGAUACAAUAGUUACUAAUGAUCGUUAUGCAGCUGCUACAGGUGUAAGUCCAAUGCCAGCGCUUUAUGAAGAACCAACAAUAACUAUGAAAAGACAACAUAAAACUAUUGAUCAAAUUGAAAAUGAAACUUAUAAUCUAUUAGCAGAAGCACUCUAUGUUCCUACAGCUAAUGAACAUUUGGGUGGAGGAAAACAGCAACAAGACAUUUAUUCCACAUUGAUGAAUGAGCAGUAUUCCUCCACAUAUUCAAGACUUGAUCAUACUGGGAGUAAUGCAUUCUUUAUAGAAGAUACUGAGUACUGGGAACCUGAUAGUAAUACUGAUGGUAUAUACCAACAAUUAUCUGAUAGGAAAUACAGAGAAAUUAUAAGACACCAAAUAAAAGUAACAGAUUAUUUAGGAUCAGGACAGUUUGGUACAGUUAAUAAAGGAGUAUGGACUACACCUACUGCUGGAUCAGUCUCUGUUGCUAUUAAAACACUUAAUGAUAAUACUUCAGAGGAUGAGAGAGUAAAGUUUCUACAAGAGGCAGCCACUAUGGGUCAGUUUCAUCAUCCUAAUGUUGUUAAACUACAUGGAGUGGUCACCAUUGGACAUCCUAUAAUGAUAGUACUGGAACUGAUAUCUGGAGGUGACUUGAAAGAGUAUCUUAACAAAUUUAAACCAUCUCCUGGGGAGUUAGUAUUAUCAUCAGUUCCUUCUAUUUUGCUCUCAUCUUGUCGUCAAAUUUACUUGUCAAGGAAGAAGUUUGUUCACAGAGAUCUUGCAGCAAGAAAUAUAUUAGUAUCAGAUGAAGGAACAGGAAUAUGCAAGAUUGCUGACUUUGGUAUGUCAAGAGAUCUAAAAGAUGAAUCUUAUUAUAUUUCACAAGCAAAAAAGAUUCCAAUAAAAUGGACAGCACCAGAAGCAUUACAUUAUAAGAAAUAUUCAAGUGCUAGUGAUGUGUGGAGUUAUGGAGCUGUAAUGUAUGAGAUUUGGUCUUUAGGAUGUAAACCAUUUGAAAACUCUACUAAUCAAGAAUGCAUUAGACUGGUUGAUUCAGGCUAUAGAUUACCACCUCCUCCAGGAUGUCCUAAACCAAUGUAUAAACUAAUGAUGCAAUGCUGGAAUCCUGAUACUCAUGAUCGUCCAAGUUUCUCAGAUAUAUCAUCAAGUCUAUCCUCACCUGAUAAACAAUUACUAAUGAUUAAUAAAGAGGAUCCUGUUACUGUACUGGGUGGAGCUUUAGAAACAAGCCACUCCCUCUACACCGACUUACAGUACAUGUACAAGAACUGAUUGAUUGUGUAGCCAUAUUAUAUACCAGUACAUUGUGUUUAAUGGUUUGUUUUCUGUACAUUGUAAAAAUAAUAAUAAUUAUUACUAUUAUUAUUAUAAAUCUUUACAAGAAUGACAGUUAGAAACACAUAAAA